UUUUUUAAUCUUGUUUUUAUUUAAGAAUUAUUUAAAUUUAUAAAGAAUGGAUUCUUUAAAUAAGAAUCUAAUAUUAUUUAUUGAUUCAUGCUUUGAAGAGGAGCUUUAUCAAUCAGGUCUUGAGAUUCUUGACGUUGUUUUUGUCCCAAAUGAUGAGAAUUAUGGCUCUAUGCCUUUUAUACCAGAGAGAUAUUUACUUAUUUUAAUUAAUCUUAUUAUACAGAAUGAUAAUACAAAUCAAAUUUCUCAAAAAGCUGCUCAACUUCUUUAUAGAAUUAUAUGUUCAAAGAAAUUGUCUAAAAAUGAUUUAUAUAAUCAGUGGUCUUGGAUGUUUUGUCAUCAAGUACGUGCUAGAAAAUUUAAGAAAUCAAUAGACACAACAAAUAUGGAUGAUUUAAAUAUGCAAAAUAAUUUACAACUGAGUUCUAUAGAAUCAAUUUUUUCUAGAUUUCCUAAUGUUUGGAAGCUCAUUCAACAUUGUUUUGAAGAGCCAUCAAUAUCUUUAUAUAUACUUUUGAAUUGUAUUAUAUCUAUUUUAGAAUUGGAUUAUCAAGAAUAUUUAAAAGAAUCAGAGAAAGAAUUAGAAAAAAUGUUGUUUAUAAGUUCUUUGAAGAGUAAUGAUAGAGAAAAACCGGAUAUUAAACAAGUAUUAGCUGUUAUAUUUGCUAAUAUAGAUUUGGAGGAUUAUGAAUAUCCAUUAUCAUUUAAUAGUAUAAUGGGAACAUCUGUAAAAGGAAAUGCAAUAAAAUCUAUAGAAAGCAUGAUGUUAAGAAAACGACUUUUAUCUAUGACUUAUAAUGUAAUAUAUUCUUUACCCAAAAAUAUUAAUAAGUUUGAUUUUGAAAAUGAAUUAUCUAUUUAUUUAAAAAAUUUAGAAAUUAAUAAGUUUAUUUUUUAUCUUUCAAAUAUAAUACCUUCUCCUUUGAAAUCUAAUUUAUGUCAUAUGUUGCUUGUAAAAUAUUCUGUUCAUUCAAAAUUAAGUAGACAUUUUAUGGAAUUGUCAACAGAUAUGUUAAGAUUAUGGCCAUCAAUUGCUUCUCAAGUAAAAUUGGGAUUAUUAGAAAAAGCAAAGUAUAGUUUUUUGCUUCAAAUGUUAUUAAGAAGUAUUUUUAAUGAUAUUUUAUUAAAAAAAAGUACUCAAGAAGAGCAACAAGCUAUGUAUCUCGCAAAAAUGAAGAGAAUUGCUAGCUUUAAUGAUGAAUUUGAAAAAAUAAAGCAAAAAGACAAAAUAACAUCAGAAUAUCUAUAUAUAAAGGAUGUUUUUGAGCAAAGUGAACAUAUUAUAAGUUUAAUUCUGAAACAGAUUUCUUAAAUUAUUCUUUUAUUAUAUAAAAA